GUGAAUUCCGGGCUCACCCGUGCAAAGCUAGUGCUACGCAAGGACACAGAUGCCUACUAAUAGUAACACUGGAGAUAAUUUGGAGAUUCUGCAAGGUGGGUGUCAAUAAGUGACGGCCAUAUUUUCUGUGCAGCUGUGCUGUAAACAAAAACUGUCGGAGGGAUACACAGACGCAGUGAUUUCAGGGCGAUUUGAUUUCCUAAAAUGUCUUUGGGAAUGUCUUACAAACCUAACGUCUACCAGCAUGUUCCAGGAACUCCCGUGUAUCAAGUGGUGCACUCCCAGACUCAGAGUUUAGCUACACAGUCUUACAAAUCUGUUCUGAAUGAUUUUGGACCUCCGUCGCUGAGUUUUUCACAGGGUUGUAUUGCAACCUCAAUGCCUCAAAGCAAGUAUGCUGAACUUCUAGCCAUUAUAGAGGAGCUGGGAAAGGAAAUAAGGCCUACAUAUGCUGGGAGUAAAAGUGCCAUGGAGAGGCUUAAGAGAGGUAUCAUAAUUGCCAGAAGUCUGGUGCGUGAGUGCUUGGCAGAAACUGAAAGAAAUGCAAGGUCCUAACAGUCAGAACAGAUCCAAUGGAUUCCAAACCGAAUUCACCAGCUUGAAAAUGAACUAUUUUAUAUUGCCUGUUUAAAGACCUCAAACAAAUGAACUGAUUUGAAACUGUUAUAAAACAAACAAUUAUAGCAAUAUAGAUAGCUAUAUGAAGCUAUAGAUCUGUUCAUAAGAGGAUUUUCCUGAAUUUAUGUUCCCAAUUGGGAAUAAACUAUGUUCUUUAAGGUUACUGGAAUGCAAGCUCAGACCUUUGCAUGUUACAUAUAAAUGCCCUUUUUGUUUAUUACAUUUUAUGUCUAAAGAUAAUUUUUGUAAAAUACUCAAAUCAAAAACCCUGGUGGCUCUGGUAUAAUUUAUAACAUAUUUUGAACAUUGUACAACAUGUGGAAAUGUAGUUAUCCCGAUAGUCUUUAAUGACCCUUACAGUUAUUUAUUUUUUUCCAAUCAAAACAUUCUUGACCUUCUAGAGGUUAUUUGAAAGGUGCUUUUUGAUUUCAUUAAAUUUUUUAAUUAAUUAAUUGAUUUAUUUUUUAUAGAAGAAGAUGUGAAAAUGUUGGAAAUGUUAGUCUUCACCUAACUCAUGAAGGUAUACUCUGACACCAACCAAUUUAAGAAAAUUAUUCAGGAAAAAAAAAUCAUACAGAGUAAAAUUUUGAGAACUUAAGGUGCUGUGUUUGCUUCUUUGUUUGUUAACCAGUGUGAUCAAUUAUUUUCAUGUUUAUAUGCAGUGUUGUAUUAAUGGUAUAAACUCAUACAUUAUAGAUUUUUGGAUACCAAUUAACUGAUUAUCAAAACUAUUGGCAAAAUUUUGCUCAAUGGGUUUUAGUUGAUAUAUUGUAACAUUAUGCAAAGCCAACUAGCCUGCUGUAUGUUUCUUAAUCAUAUAAUACAGUCCCCAUUGCCUUAUGAAACACACCACAUUGCAUACAUGAUAAUGCAACGCUACAACAGUAAAGUUUUAUAACUAUUAUCUGCAAUACUUAUUAACUUUGGAUUUUUUCUUCUUUGUAAAAAAUAAAUAAAAUAAAAUAACUUUGAGGUUGAAA